AUGGCCUCAAACGACGGAAAUAAAUUCAUAGUCCUCGGCGCGGGCGUCAUUGGCCUUUCCACCGCCCUGACCCUACGCGAAGCAUAUCCUUCGGCAGACAUCACGACCGUAGCAAAGCACUUCCCCGGCGACCGCUCUAUCGAGUACACGUCCCCCUGGGCUGGUGCAAACUGGUCGAGUAUGGCGACCGACAACGGUGUGCUUGAAAGUUACGAUCGUGUGACUUUCAACCGAUUUGCUAAGAUGGUUGGUGAGGGAUUGGGCGGAGAGGAUGGAGGUGUGGUUGGAUUGGGAAGGAUGGGCUUGACGGCCAUUUUUGAUGCAAAGAUUGAAGAUGUGGGGAUUUUGAGUCCGGCGACGGGGAAAUUGUGGUACGAGGAGUUGGUGGGUGGGAUGAGGUAUCUUGAGAAGAACGAGUUGCCAGAGGGAGCGGUGUUUGGACUGGAUUUCAAGAGCACAUUUAGAUUAAACACGCAGGUUUAUUUGAACUGGCUCCAAGACCAAGUCAUUCGGAAGGACAUCAAGACCGUGAGGAGGCAUUACCCGUCGAUAAAGGCGAUGCUGAAGGACUUUCCUGACACCACCGCGCUGAUAAACUGCUCCGCGCUCGGAUCGCUUCACCUGAAAGAUGUUAAAGACACAAAUAUGUAUCCUACGCGUGGGCAAACCAUUCUCGUCGCUGAGCCGAAAAAGCCCAUCAAGCGUAUGUACCUACGUACACCGAAACGCAUCGACCCGACGGUCACAUAUGUUUUUCCCCGUCCCAACGGUGGCGGCGUAAUCCUCGGCGGUAGCCGACAAGACAACGACUGGUCUGGGGAGCCGGACAUGGAGCUUGCGCAGACCAUUAUGGAGCGGUGCUGCGAACUGUGUCCGGAGCUGGGCAGGCCGGAAGAUCUGCAGGUCAUUUCGCAUAAUGUGGGUUUGAGGCCGACUAGGACAGGCGGCACGAGGAUUGAGUUGGAGAGAUGGGCAGAUGGGACGCCUGUGGUGCAUAAUUAUGGACACGCGGGCGCAGGCUAUCAAAGUUCAUGGUAG